UUGUCUGACCUUUUCAGGAAUGCCAGGCUCCCAAACCUCAGCUUACGUGAUGUCUCAAACUAUAUCGUUGAGUUUGCUCAGGACCAAUAUGGUUCUCGUUUUAUACAACAGAAGCUGGAGCAAGCCAGUGCUGUCGAUAAGACAGCGGUAUUUCGUGAAAUCCUUUCACAUGCUUAUGAUCUUAUGGUCGACGUCUUCGGCAAUUAUGUUAUACAGAAGUUCUUCGAGCUUGGCACUCCAGAGCAGAAACAGAUCCUUGGCCAACGCAUCAAAGGUCAAGUUCUUGCUUUGUCUCUUCAAAUGUACGGCUGUCGAGUAAUUCAAAAGGCUGUGGAAUCAGUCCCUCUCGACAUGCAGAUUGCAAUCGUACAAGAGCUGGAUGGUUGUGUUAUUAAAUGUGUGAAGGAUCAAAAUGGAAACCACGUUGUACAAAAAUGCGUGGAGUCAGUUCCUCCGGAGCAUCUACAAUUCAUAGUGGAUGCGUUCAGAGAUCAUCAACGCUAG